AUGCAGGUUGUCUCACGAAGAUCUGACAUAUGGAAUAACUUUUUGUAUUCAAUAUUUAUGUUCGAACACCGACCCUCAUGCCGCGUUUCUGUCGGUCCAACGGUCAUCACGGCGCGAGUGGCAGUCCGGUCAAUACAGCUGUUUGUUGCCCGACGGGGGUUACCCACCGACGUGUAUACCGAUUGUGGCACGAAUUUUAUCGAGGCCAAUAAACAGUUACACGCGUUGAUUAAUAGUGCAGAUGGUAAAGUAGCCUUAGCCAAUGCGCGUACCGCUUGCGAGUGGCAUUUUAAUCCGCCAAGCGCCCCGCAUUUCGGGGGCUUGUGGAAGGCGGCGGUUUGUUCAACAAAAAGAUUGUUGACCCGGGUAAUCGGUGUUCAUUUGUUCACAUACGAGGAGUUAACCACUGUACUAACACGUAUAGAGGCCGUGUUGAAUUCUCAGUCAUUAACUCCAGCGUCUAGCGAUCCCCACGACCUUGAGUGUUUGACGCCGGGGCAUUUUUUGACUGGCCAACCAUUGUUAGCCGUACCACUGCGGUCGAGUGCCGACGAAAAACGUAACCUCCGGGAUAGAUGGAAAUUGCUCGACCAAUGCCACCAGGCUUUUUGGCGACGUUGGUCAGCCGAAUACUUGACCACGCUUCAGGAGCGACCUAAGUGGACUCGCAAUGUGCCUAAUUUAGGCGUCAAUGAUAUGGUGGUAAUAAUCGACAAUAAUAGUGCUCCCCUAAUGUGGUGGCUUGGUCGUGUGAUGAAGUGUUACCGGGGGAUGACGGUACAGUACGUGUCGCCAAGGUGUUGA